UGGGCGGGGGAGAGGUUACAUUGUGUCAGCGCGCGGCUGCAGUGCUACAUUGUAUCGAGGAGGGAAAGAGUGAGUGAGGCAGGGGCCUGGAUCGAUUCCUCAUCCCUGUCCGGGGGAAUAGAUACAGUGAGGGUAACAGUGUGUUACAUUGUAUCUAGCAGGGAGAUAGACAGGGGCCUGGAUAGAUUCCCCUUCCCUGUCCCCGGGUGCAGAUAUACCGGGGGCACACUGGGCUGCAUUGUAUUGAGGAGAGACCAGAGAAAGACAGGGGCCUGGAUACAUCACACCGCCCACCGACCCCCCUCCCCAAACUUCCCUGUCCCUUUGGAACACAGGCACCAAACCGGGAAUGUCGCCUGCAACCUGGGAGUACUGAGCCUGGCUGGAGGAGGAGGACUGGGAAUACCGAGACCUGUACCCCUAGAGGCCUGGGAAUACCGAGCCUGGCUGGAGGAGGACUGGGAAUACCAAGACCUGUAAUCCAAGAGGUCUGGGAGUACUGAACCCAGCUGCUGCUGGAGGACUGGGAAUACUGAGCCUGGCUGGAGGACCGGGAAUACCGAGCCUGGCUGCUGGAGGAGGACUGGGAAUACUGCGCCCAGCUGCUGAAGAAGCUCUAGGAAUACUGAACCCAGACCCCAGGAGGACUAGGAGUACUGAGCCGGGCUGAAGGACUGGGCCCCACAUCCCAGAACUGGCAAUACUGAACCCAGCUGCCGGAGGAGGGCGGGGAAUGCUCAGCCUGGUUGCUAGAAGACUGGGAAUACUGAGCCUGACUGCUGCAGGAAUAUUGGGAAUACUGAACUCCAUAUCCCCCAAGAGAACAAGGAAUACUGAGACUGGCUGGACUGGGAAUACCAAACUCUGUUUUCCCCAUUGAUCCAGGACUGGGAAUACUGUGCCCGUUUCCCACCUUUCCCUUCCCCAGGCUGCAGGACUGGGCUACCAAGCCCCGUUCCUACUAUUAGCUACUGACAGCUGGAAGACUGAGAAUAUUGAACUAAUAUAGGGGAGAUUUACUUAAUCCCAGACUACAGAAGUGAGAAGUUUGUUACUGUCAACAAUAGGACUGGGAAUACCACACUAAUCCUAACUACCAGACUGGGAAUACCUGAGCGAAUUGCAGCUGCGGGAGUGGGACUGUUGUGCUAAUCUUGGCUAUGGGUCUGAGGAUCUUGAGCUAGUCCCAAGUGUAAGGACUGGGAAUACUGAUCCAGUAUACUUUCAAGAUCUGUGGAAGGAUCGACACUGGGAGAGUUAUCCCAACUCCCGGAACAAGUGCUACUGGACAGCAUCGGGGAAUCGUGAAGACUGGGACCCCUCUUGGUCACUGGAAAGUGGGAAUUGCAGGAGGACGCAGUGUCUGCAGUUGUGGAACAGGCUGAGAGCGAGGAAGCAGGGAAUUGUCUGAAAAAGGGGACUAAGUAAACGUGCAAUCAGGAAGAACCUCUGGCUGCAUUCUUUUCAAAAUCAUUCCCAAGCUGGCAAUAAAUCCCAGUGUGGAAAGAGAAAAAGCAGACGAGGGAGAUUGCGGGAUGAGAAUUGAACUUUAGAAACCUUUUGUGGAAUCUCAGAUCACCAGGAAAUUGGGAGGGCUGAAACCUUUUGGAAUUUCGAAUCGCCCAGAAGUUGGGAAAGCUGAAACCUCAAUUUGGCAUCUCGAGCCGCCAGGAAAUUGGGAGCGCCAGAAUCUUUCGGUGUGGAGCUUGGAAUUGCCGGGAAGUUCGGAACGCCGGAGAGGACGGGUGGUCACUGCUGAUUCGCCGCGGGAGAGGCUGGUGCUCUGGAAUUUCAUCCCUUCCUAGUCGUUUGGGAUACUUCGCUCGUUUUCGCACCUUCCCACCUCCCCUACCACCCCGGAAGCUGGGAAUGGGAUCGGUCGGGGAGUGAACGGCGAGCUGCUGAGACUGUCUCUUCCCGGUCGGUGAGGGUGGGGGGGGAGGGAAGGCGGCCGUGGUGUGCGAGACUCCGCUGUGGUUACUCCUGUAGGACUUCACCACCACCACCACCACCCCCACCCCCCCCCCCUCCACUUCCUCUUUUUUUUUUCUUUCCCUGGACCUUUCCGAUGGAGCCCAAGGUGACGUCGCCGGUGACGGCGGCGGAAAAGGUGGACGGUUUCAGCCGGAAAUCCGUGCGCCGGGCCCGGCAGCGCCGGUCUCACGGUUCAUCCCAGUUCCGGUACCAGAGCAGCCAGGUGGAGCUGACCCCGCUGCCCCUCCUGAAAGAUGCCGCAGUGUCGGAUUUACACGACCUGUUCUGUAAGAAGCUGCAGCAAUGUUGUAUUGUCUUUGACUUCAUGGACUGUGUUGCUGACCUGAAGGGGAAGGAGAUCAAGCGAGCGGCCCUCAAUGAGCUGGUGGAGAGUAUCGCGACAGGUCGGGGCCUCCUCAUUGAGCCCAUCUACCCUGAGGUCAUGAAGAUGAUCUCUGCCAAUAUAUUCCGGACACUCCCUCCGAGUGAUAAUCCAGAGUUUGAUCCAGAAGAGGAUGAGCCAAAUCUCGAGGCAUCCUGGCCCCAUUUACAGCUGGUUUAUGAAUUUUUCCUUCGGUUCCUCGAGAGCCCGGAUUUCCAACCAGCCAUCGCCAAGCGCUACAUCGACCAGAGAUUUGUGCUUCAGCUGUUGGAGCUGUUCGACAGUGAGGAUCCUCGUGAACGGGAUUUCCUGAAGACGGUUCUCCACCGGGUCUACGGCAAGUUCCUGGGAUUGCGAGCAUUCAUCCGCAAACAGAUCACAAAUAUAUUUUUAUGGUUUAUAUAUGAGUCUGAACAUUUCAAUGGAGUGGCGGAGCUGCUGGAGAUCCUGGGGAGCAUCAUCAAUGGUUUUGCACUCCCUCUGAAAGCAGAGCACAAACAGUUUCUGCUGCGGGUUCUGAUCCCGCUGCACACGGCACGGACCCUCUCUCUGUUCCACGCACAGCUGGCUUACUGCAUUGUACAAUUCCUUGAAAAGGACACCACAUUGACAGAGCCAGUUCUCCGGGGACUACUCAAAUUCUGGCCCAAAACCUGCACCCAAAAAGAGGUGAUGUUUCUGGGGGAGCUGGAGGAAAUAUUGGAUGUAAUCGAGCCCUCACAGUUUGUAAAAGUCCAGGAAGCUCUGUUCAAGCAGAUAGCAAAAUGUAUCUCCAGCCCUCACUUCCAGAUAGAGGGAGCAACUCGGACAGGGGGGAGAUAG